ACAGUGGUUUAUGAUUGGGUAAAUUUGGGUUUUCCAGUGCGAAAUUGGCCUCAAGGUCAAGGAAAGCGUGGUGACUGGUGAGUUGAAGUUGAAGGAAGCGAAUAUGCGUGGAGCGAAAUAGGAAGAUUCUUGCGUAAGCAGCAUCUUCCUCUCUCUUAUUCUAUUCCCUUAUUUUCCCUUUUUGUUUCUUAUUUCUCAAAAUUCAAAGAACCUGAAAUCAACCACAACCUUCUAUAUAUAAUACACACUUCUGCAUUGCUAUUCCUUCUCAGCAUUCUCCUUAGCCUCAGCAUUGUUGGCUAGCACUUAACACUUUCCAACCAAUCAGUACCAGCAACUUCUUGCUGGUACUCAAGUUGUCCUGCAUCUUCUGUGGGGGAUGACAUGACUCAAAACAGCAUACUGAAUCACAGUAGAGCUCUUGAGGGUGUCCAUGGGGUCCAAGUGGCCCCUAACUCGCCAUUUGAUUUGACAGAAACUAAUCAAAGUGGGGACUUUCGUACUUCAACUGGUGGAGCAUCAACUACAGAAGCAAAUCAGCUGCUGUUGAUGCAACUAUGGCAACAGAGACCAGCAUGCUUGAGACCCAUCCAUUGUGGUAUUAGUUGUCACGGUGAUCAGACUCUUGCUGAAACAGUUGCUAAUGUGCUUACUUCAAUUCCUUUUAUAGCUCUUGGAAUCCAUGCCCCCAGGAAGAAUCUCAAUUCUAAGUUGUAUGCUAAUUCACUAAUUGGAGUUGGAGUGGCCUCAAGCAUUUACCAUUCUUCAAGAGGAAGGUUGAGGAAAUUUUUGAGAUGGGUUGACUACACAAUGAUAGCCACAACAACUAUUUGUUUGUCAAUGGCCCUCCGAAAUGAGAAUCCAAAGUUACUGAUGGCAGCAUCUGCAAUAUGUCUUCCAGUUAAUCCAAUGAUGGUUUCAGUUAUUCACACUGGGAUGAUGGAGGUAGCAUUUGCUAGAAGGGCAUUGAAGGAUCCAGACUUGAGAAUGGCUCACACAGUGCAUAAGACAUCGUCGUUACUUGGUGGUAUGCUUUUUGUAGCUGAUGAUUUAUUUCCUAAAACUCCUUACCUUCAUGCUGCAUGGCAUCUUGCUGCUGCUGUUGGUGUAGGCACCUGCAAUAAGCUUCUUGAGUAGGUGUGCACACUCUAUUCGAAAGCUGGAAACUAUGCAUUCUGAGUAAGAAUAGCAUCAGCAUAAUCUGUCGACUUAAUUUGUAGAAGCAAUGGUUAAGAUCAUAAGGUAGUACAUUGUAUUUUAUUGGAUUCGGUUGAGGAUGUAGAUAUGCAAAUUAGGUUCCAAAUUAUUCUACCGCUCUUCAAUUUGUAGUUUUAUGUUCAUUAGUUAAACUCAUUGGAGAAAGCGAUUCAUGCAGCAAAAAUCUGGCACCUAUUCUUCUCCUUAGAUAAACAUGCAGUUAUAUAUAAAACAUCGUGCAUUAUAAUUCUAUCUGAACAUGUAUGUUGAGAUACUAUGGAGACUCUUGACUUUUUAGUUUGAAGUGUGAUGGGAUUUUCUGAAGA